GAGAAAGGCUGUUGCCAAUGCCUUCCCAUUACCCAUUCUGCAACGCCCAUUCCCCCCAUCAAAUCCAUUUUAUUCUCUCCUCUCUCUCUCCAACGUAGCAUUCAGUCAUUCACAAUUCAAAUGUUCUUCAGACUAGCCAAUCUUUUCUAUUUCCUCUCAAAGCAUUCUCUUCAGAUUUGUAGAAGAUUGGUGGGUUCUUUUGGUAUUUCGAUUUGAAUUUGUUGUUUUCAAUCAAAUUUUGGUAUUUAAUGGCCGUAAUGGCCGCUUGUAAACGCGUGGGUCAAUUUGGACCCAAUUCGUAUUCCUGGAUGAUAGGAGGAGUUUCCAGAUUUGAAGGACUUCUUGUGUCCCCCACCAUUCCUCCCUCUGCAAUUCGAUUGUUAGCUUCUCCCACUCUAUUUUCACAGUGUAGGCACUGUUCUCAGCUCGUUAAAUCUAAUGGAAAGCGAUUGUUUCUCAUCGACACUUUAGCUUUGGUUAGGAGAUUAGAGGCGGAAGGUCUGCCUUCGAAGCAAGCCGAGGCAAUAACAGCAGCCAUGACUGAAGUUUUGAAUGACAGCUUAGAAAAUGUGUCUCUUUCAGUUGUUUCCAAGUUUGAGAUGCAGAAAAGUGAAAUGACUCAAGAAUCCAAUCUGUCGAAGCUCAAAUCAGAAGUUCAAAGCUCUCAGGAGCUACAUUUUUCUGUGCUGCAACAUGAGAAUGAGAAACUUCGAAAUGAUAUAGAGAAGAUGCGCAGUGAAUUAAGACAUGAAAUUGACAAAGUCACAGCGGGGCAACGAUUAGAUUUGAAUCUUGAAAGAGGGAGAAUAAGAGAUGAGCUUUCAAAUCAGAGUGCUGGAACAUCUAACCUGACUAACAAACUCGAUCGGGAAAUUCAUGCGUUAAAGGCUCAUUUGGAAGCUGCAAAAUAUGACUUGAUAAAAUACUGCAUUGGUACACUGGUUUCCAUAUCUGCUGUUGGUCUUGCUGUAGUUCGUGUACUGUUGUAAACAUGUAAUAAUGUCAACAUAACCCCAAAAGAGGGACGAAAUAGUUCUUUUAUUAUUAUUAUUAUUAUUUUUAAUAUACAAUAGCCCAUUUUUUUUUUGAAGCUAUUGCUUCUGCCACUUUUGGCUAUUAAUUAGCUCGAUUGAUUGGUAUAGCUAGGGUUCGGGUUCGGGUCUUAAAGCUCUCAUAUUGUACAAAUGUGUAUAUAUAUACACCGAUGUUGUUGUUUGUUUAAACUUUUGAAAAGGCAAAUGAAGGAAAGUUCAAUCAUUUAUUA